AUGCUAAAGAAUCUAAAGAUUGUUUACCUUUACAAAAACAAAUUGUUUGAGGAGAUUCCUCGGGUGGUUGAGGCUUUGAACCUUGAUGAAAUCGAUCUUUCAGAAAAUAAUUUUACAAGGGCAAUUCCUGAUGAUUUUGGAAAGCUCAAAAAUUUGACGAGUCUAACUUUGUUUUUCAAUCAGCUAUCUGGAAAAAUCCCAGAUAGCAUUGGUCGUCUUCCGAGGUUGGUAAAUCUCAAGUUAUUUAACAAUAUUUUUUUAGGGAGUUUGCCUCCAGAACUAGGGAGGUAUUCUAUGUUGGAAAGGCUUUGGGUUUCAACCAACAGGCUUACGGGCCAGUUGCCAGAACACUUGUGUGACAAUGGAAAGUUGGUCGAAGUGAUAACUUAUGAAAACCAGCUCAUUGGAGAGUUGCCCAAGUCAUUUGGAAAUUACAGUAGUUUGGAAUUAGUAAAGAUAUACAAAAAUGGGUUUUCUGGGAAUAUUCCAAGUGGUCUUUGGACAUCAUCAAAUUUGAAAAUGUUGAUGUUAAGUGAUAAUUCUUUUAUAGGCGAGCUUUCUGAGAGAUUGGCAUGGAGUCUUACUCGAUUGGAGAUGAAUAAUAAUAGGUUUUUGGGUCAAAUUCCACAGGGAGUGUCUUUCUCCAAGAAUUUGUUGGUUCUCAUGGCUAGUAAUAACCUCUUCAAUGGCACAAUUCCUCGAGAUCUUUCUCAGUUGACAAUUCUUUUGCUUGAUCGAAACCAAAUUUCAGGCUCCCUUCCAUCAGAUAUUAAUUCAUGGAAAUCACUAAAUGCUCUAAACCUCAGCCGGAAUGCAAUCUUUGGACAGAUUCCAGAGGAACUUGGUUCCUUACCUAGCCUUAUUGAAUUGGACUUGUCAGAAAACCAGUUGUCUGGCCUAAUUCCUUCAAAACUUGGCCUCUUGAAGCUCACUUCACUCAAUCUGUCUUCAAAUCAUCUAACUGGAAGCAUCCCAAGUGAAUUUGAGAAUGAUGCAUAUGCCUACAGCUUCUUGAACAAUUCUGGUCUUUGUGCUGAUAGACCAUCUCAAUCCCUUAACCUCAAGAACUGUAGUUCACACCACCAAAAGUUGAGCAAAACCUAUUACCAAUUAAUUGCUUUUUUUUUUUUUUUUUGA